AUGAAUGACGGGAUUCAGAAAGUGGAUAUCUCUUCAUCUUUAUCAUUUAAUAUCCCAACAACACAACAAUCUUUUGAUUAUGAUGCUACGAUAGAAGAUUAUAGUCCUUCAUUAGAUGAGGACAUAGAAGAAGUCAACCACCCAUUCCAAAGAUGCUCAAACUACGAUCGACGAUCCCCUGACUCGCUAUUCAAACGGCGUCACUCAAGGAGAAGUUUAGCAAUGAUGAAUGACGGGAUUCAGAAAGUGGAUAUCUCUUCAUCUUUAUCAUUUAAUAUCCCAACAACACAACAAUCUUUUGAUUAUGAUGCUACGAUAGAAGAUUAUAGUCCUUCAUUAGAUGAGGACAUAGAAGAAUGA